AUGCUCGCUCUCCGAAGCGGCCUGAGGAAGGCGCUGGCCCCGCGGGUGCUGGCGCCUCAGGUGGGCUCAUCUUUUGCUACUGGCCGCAGACAAACCGAAGGAACAUUCUAUGAGUUUUGUACUUAUUAUCUUAAACCUUCCAAGAUGAAAGAGUACCUGAAAAAUUUUAAGAAAAAUGUUCAUCUUCGGACAGCUCACUCAGAAUUGGUUGGAUAUUGGAGUGUAGAAUUUGGAGGCGGAAUAAACAGAGUAUUCCAUAUUUGGAAGUAUGAUAAUUUUGCUCAUCGAGCUGCAGUUUCCAAAGCCUUGGCCAGUGAUCCAGAAUGGCAAGAACGAUUCCUCAUUCCAAAUCUGGCUUCCAUUGAUAAACAAGAGAGUGAAAUUGUCUAUCUGGUACCAUGGUGCAAAAUGGGAACGCCUCCCAAGGAAGGAUUCUAUGAACUUGCUACUUUUCUCAUGAAACCUGGUGGCCCAGCUCUAUGGGGUGAGCCAUUUGAAAGAGCAGUAACUGCCCAUGCCAAACAAGGCUACGCUGAACUAAUUGGUGUGUUUCACACAGAAUAUGGAAAACUCAACAGAGUCCAUGUUCUGUGGUGGAACGAGAACCCAGACAGCCGCGCAGCUGGGAGACGUCGGUCUCAUGAGGAUCCCAGAGUUGUGGCUGCUGUUCGGGAAAGUGUCAACUACCUAGAUAUUCAGCAGAAUAUAUUCCUAAUUCCUGAGUCGUUUUCACCGUUGAAAUAG